AUGGCAAACAUAGACUGCUGGGUCUGUGCCCGAGAACUUGAUUUUCAUGCAGUUGGAAGCUGCGGCCACAACGAUAUGUGCCUUUACUGCUCUUGCAGACUUAGGAUCCUCAUGAAAGAUAUAAAAUGCCCAAUUUGCAAGACUGAGUCACCAAAAGUUUUAAUUACCAAAAAUCCUAAUGCAAGAUUUGAAGACUAUCCUGGUCUCGAGUCAAACGAAAACGAGUACGGGAUAAUCUGUGAAGACGAAGCAGCCCAAAACGCAUUUAGUCGCAUAACUAGCUACAAUUGUUGGCUGCCAAACUGUAGGGAAAGCAAGCAUAGAACUCAAGCUCAGCUUAAAAAGCAUAUAGAGUACGUCCAUAAGCUCAGAUUUUGCAAGGUUUGCUUGAACUCUAGGCUAAUAUUUAUUUGAGAACAAAAACUGUACCCUCCAAGUGAUAUAGCCCGUCACAUUGAAUUUGGGGAAAUCGAUGAGAUCCCUCCACAUAGAACUUGCUUGUUUGACAACAAGUUAUUUUAUGACGAAAGCGAGCUUAAGCUUCACUUAGAUAGAGAGCACUAUUUUUGUAAUAUCUGUGAAGGGGAAAAUUAUAUUUUUUAUGCAAACCAUGACAAAUUGAAAAAGCAUUUCCAGAAGGCUCAUUAUGUAUGCCAUGACCCGAUUUGUACCGAUAGUAGGUUUUCUGUGUUUCGGACACCUUAUGAUUUACAAAUGCACACUGUGAGUGUCCAUAUGAGCAAUCAAAAACUAACAAAAGCUCAAAAAACGCAGCUAGCGGCUAUUCAGGUGGGCACUGAUGAAAUGCCUAGCAGACCUAAUAAUGAAGGAGUGGACUUCAGAGCUCAAUUUAAGCCUAAAAAGAAUGAAGAGGAAGAAGUCAAAGAUCAACCCAAGCCAAAACCGAAAAAUACAAAAAAAUACGUCGUCAACAAAAGACCUGAAAAAAUCGUAGACUAUAAGACACUACCAAAAAGGCCUGAUAAAGAAGUGAUAAAUAUGAUUAAAGAGGCAUUAGAUAACGAUGAAAACAAGUACACGGAAUUCAAAACCAUAACUGUUGACUACAAUAAAGGCUACAUCACAGCUGCUGUAAUGCUUUCUAGAUUUAUCGAUUUAUUAGGAAACGUUCAAGGAGAAGCUUUAUUUCCAAUACUUAUAACAACCGUCAGGCAAAAUGAAAAGCAAGAAGAGCUUUUUGCUGAGUAUAUUCAUUAUAUGGAAUCAAGACAAAACGUCACAUCUGAUGGCAGAUGUCACAACUCCCUCGCGGAUUGCUCCAAUGAAGCUUCAAUUUUGAAAACUCUGCUUGAGAUUGUUUCAAAAGAGCUAGAAAGAAGGAAAAAUGAGCCAAAAGAAAAACCAUUGUUUAUCCAUACUGCCCAUCUAUUCCAAAUGGCUGCGGUUGUUGAUCGCUUAAAAGACCAGGAUAUGGUCAGGCUUAUGUUUAUAAUGAACUUUGGAGUAACAGACAAAGUUUACUAACUCAUUUAACUUAUAAAAAGUCCUCUGCAAAUUUCUGGAGGACUACCUUCACCCAUAACGCGCUUCCCAGUUCAUGCACGGCUUUACAUAAGCUAUUUCUGCAGGAUGAGUCCUAUGCUUGCUACGGUAGCUGGAUGAGUUAUACCACUGUUCAUGCAUCAGCAAAGGUUGCCCACUAUGAAAAAUUCGAAAUAUCGAAUUUUUUCAGGUCGACUCUCGAAUAAAUGGAAAUCCGAGGACCUGGGCGUUAUUCCUGGCUUCAAGAAGAAAACAGUGCUGAUUGGGCAGGAAACUAACCCUUGACUCUGCUGGAAGAUCCCUUUUGAACCCUCAGCUCUAUUUCCCUCUGAGAGAAAAAAUCUGAUCUGGAAGUAGCCUCUAGACAGAUUCCACAACUUGGCUUCACCAAACUUAGAAAAGCCUGACCGAUGCAAAUUCCCAAACCCCUCUCUUCCUGCAUUCUGUGGGAUGCAAGCUGCAGGACUUAAGAGAGCAGGCUGGCUCACCACGCCAUUUUAAUGCAUAUAGUUACAGACAAAACAAAAGGCGCAAUAUUAAAUAUGAUUGACAAAGCAAAUGACAGAGCUUUUAAUGAAAAACUUACAGUUAAAUAUGAAGACUAUUUUGUAAGUGAUUUAGAGCCACAGCAGCUAUAUAUUUUGCAUAAGUACUUUGAAAUGUGUAUAGCAAAACUUAAAGGGCUGCCUUUUAAAGACGACCAAAAGCUAUUAUCGAAUUGGGAAGAAGAAAAAGCUCAAGAAGAAGUAAAGAAAGAAGAGACUAAAAAUGAAGAAGAGGAAAAAGACGAGAGAGUAGGAUGGGGCAAUGUCUUGAUGAAGAAAAAAGCUAAAGCACCAAGAGUAAAUGAACCAAAUUUCCCAUCUUUAAGCGGAAAUAGCCAAUCAGGGCCUAAUGAUAAUUGGUCAAGAGCUAAAAACUCACCUUUUCCGCAAAGGGCCAAUAAUGAAUUUCCAAGUCUUGGGCAAAACCAAAACUUCCCAAGCUUGGGAGCACCACCAGCAGAUGAUUUUCCAAGCUUGAGCCCUGGAAUGAAAGAUCCUCUAGAGCCAACCCCAGUUCCAGAAGAGAAGCCUGUAAUUCCAAGUAUUCCUGAGCCUGUUAAGCAAGAUGAACCUUUAGACUUUUUAAGAUCAAAAGGGAUUAUUGUGAAGCAAGGAAAAAACAAAAGGAAAAGAAAGUAG